AGACACGUCGGGCAGCCGUUGGGAAUCGUUAACGGGAUCAGCCAAGGGGAUAAUUUUGAUUUGUGAUGGGGUCUUUGCUUUGUACCCCCGCCUCCCUGGCGUCGGGUCGGGGUUACGCUUCCUAAGCAUUUUGGAGAUGUGAGGAAUAGGAAGAGAUUGGUGAUAUUGAGCAGCCUGUGCAGUGACACGACCUCUUGACCUCAUCUUCAGCAUGAAUGGUGAUAUGCCUCAUGUUCCCAUCACUACUCUUGCUGGAAUUGCUAGCCUGACAGACUUGUUGAACCAGCUGCCCUUGCCUUCUCCUCUUCCUGCCACCACUGCUAAGAGUCUGCUCUACAAUGGAAGGAUCUCCGAAGAGGUCAGCAGCCUGCUGGUGUGUCGGGACGAGAAUCUGGUGACUCAGCUGGCACAUAGCCUUAACCAGGUCUCCACUGAACACAUAGAGUUGAAGGACAACUUGGGGAACGAUGAGCCCGAGGGUGACAUGCCAAUGCUUCUCCAAACUUUGCUGUCCAGGAACCCCAAAAUCUUCAGGGACAAAAGUGUAAUGCAGCAGCCAAUGAUGCAACAGUAUAAGAUGUCUCAGAAUCAGGUGCAUGGGAGUCCAGGAUCAAACUAUCAGCAAACCACUGUCCCUCAGAGCUCCCCUGGAUGCUUUACAUCCCCACAGUCUGGAUCAGGUGCUCGGUUCGUACCCCAGCAGAACAGUCCUAUACCCAGUCCCUAUACCCCUCAGAGUCCUGCAGACUACAUGCAGUACAAUCCACCCAGUUAUUCUCAACACCAACAAACACAGCAAGUUAGAAAUAUCCAUGACAACAAGGUCUCUGGUCAGCUAUCAAGUACUUCAAAUCAUAAUGCGAGACUAGGCUCCAAUGAAGACUACAUGGACAUGGCUCACAGACUUGGAAAUGAGGAGAAUGACCCCUCCAUGAGGGCUGCCACGUUUCCAGUUAAAUCACCACAGUCUGUGUGUUCUCCUGCUGAGAGUGAAGAGACUGCAAAAAGGUCCAGACCUCCGCUUAUCAUGCAGUCCCCUCCGCCUGAUGUGCCACCAGGUGCAGCACCUGAACUGCUCCUCACUGCUGCUGACCGCAAAAAGAAGCAUAGAGACAGGAGUAAAGAAGACAAUGCGGAGAUGGACAAAAACGCCUCGUAUGACAUUGUUAGUUCUCCAUCAAAACAGUCCACCAGGCUGACUUUAAAACUAUCGCGAGUUAGGUUUUCAGACAUGGAUCAAGCUGGAGAUCUUCCUCCCAGGCCACGUGUCGACUCAGAUCCCGAAACUGAUUUAAUGAGUAAUAAUAAUCAGUUGUCAAGGACUGCUCAGGACUUGUCACACAAGUUAGGUGCUGAGGAGCAGGCAAACUGCCAGUCGGUUCCUUUUCAGCCAAGUAUUAAGGAGUCUGGAGUCAUCAGUGGGGUUGUGUUUGACGAUGCUGAGAUGGACACACUUGCAGAGAUUGAGAGAAUAGAACGUGAGACAGCCAGUGAACGAUGGUCUAAAGAAGUCCAGGAUAAAGAUAAGCCACUGAAGAAACGGAAGCAAGACUCGUAUCCUCAGGAAUCUGGAGCUGAGGCAAGUGACGGGCCAACUGUGCAAGGGGGCAACACUGACAGCAAGUUGACACCCAAGAAGACGAAUUCUGCAAGUAAUGGUGCCAGUCGGCCUGCUCUGAUGGUCAGUAUUGAUCUGCAGCAAGCUGGCAGAGUCAUAGGGCAGCCGGUAGUGGUCUUGGAAGCGCAGCAGUUGUGUGAGGAACACCUAAGGCGCCUUAAGUCAAAGACUGAUGAAAAUGCAGACAAAGGUGUUGAAAACAGACCUGGUAUCAUCAAACAGCACGCUGACAACCCCAGGAAGUCCGGGUUGGAUGGGCAGCCAGACACCCCCAAACAGAAGCAGGAAAGUCGGCGCGAAUCCAAACGCAGACAUGACAGCAAAACUCUCACUGCGAAGGAACACUUGGACGACAGAGAGCCAGACAUGCCACGGCAAAAACAUGACAAGCAUUCAGACUCGCGCCACCAAGAGGACAAGAACCACAACAGUCACCAAGCCCAUGUCAGCCAACCUGAGACACCGAAAACCACGAGCAAGGUGGAGCGUAACAUCAGACACGGAGAGAAGAAAGUCAGGGAUAGAGAAAGGGAUAAGGAGAGAGAUAAUAAUAGAGAAAAGGAUAAGGUGAGAGACAGAGAUAAAGAUGGAGAAAGGGAUAAGGACAGUGAUAGAGGUAAAGAUAGAGAAAGGGAUAAGGACAGUGAUAGAGGUAAAGAUAGAGAAAGGGAUAAGGUCAGUGAUAGAGAUAAAGAUAGAGAUAAGGACAGAGAUAGAGAACAUGAAAAAGACAGAGAUAAGGACAGAGAUAGAGAAAAUGAAAAAGAUAGAGAUAGGCAUAAGGACAGAGAUAGAGAAAAUGAAAAAGAUAGAGAUAGGCAUAAGGACAGAGAUAGAGAAAAGGUUAAGAACAGAGCGAGAGAUAGAGAAAAAGAUAAAGAAAGAGAUAAGGACAGAGACAGAGAAAAAGACAAGGAAAGGGACAAGGACAGAGAUAGAGUUAAAGAAAAAGAUAGAGAAAGAGAUAAGGAUAGAGAUAGAGAUAAGGACAGAGAUAAAGAAAAAGAUAAAGAUAGGGAUAAGGACAAAGAUAAAGAUAGGGAUAAGAACAGAGAUAGAGACAGGGAAAGGAAGCACAAGACGUCAAGGGAAAACUGCAACAGACACUCUCCUGACCGGCAUACUAAACCUGACAGCCCAAGAGUGAGGCAAGACGGAAGCAGAAAAUCCACUGACCUCAAUGGUCGACAGAGUACAGAGAGCUCCAGCCUUCAAAAUUCCCAAAAUAAGAAAGAGAGCAAAAGUGGGGAUGACAGCAUCAGCUGCCAACCUGGAAACAAGCAGCAGUCUUUUGAGACAAAACUUAGCGAGUUCCCCUCAUACCUGCUAGGUGGCAAGUCAGGAAGUCUGAAGAACUUUGUGAUUCCCAAACUGAAACGGGACGGGAAAGAUAAAGGUCCCCAGGUUCCAAGCAAACUGUUAGAGGGCUGGAAAGAACCCCUGGUCAGGCUGGAGAGAGUGUCACUGGUAGAGAACCUCAACAAAAGAGCUAAGCCUGUCGUUGUGGUCAACAGACUCAGUAUUGAUGAGGUCAAAAGCAUCAUUCAGGAAAGCAGACUUGCUCAAAGCUCCAGAUCCAGAGGAGAGAAACGAAAGCACCAUAUGAUCAGUAAGAAAUCCAAGUAUGCUGAGUCGGAUGAAGAUGAUGAUUCUGAUGACUCUGAAUAUGAGUCUGCAAAGAAGAGGUACAAGAAAGAUCGCGACAAGACAUGGAAGAAUGAUGCUCGCAAGGGGUCCGGUAGCCGUCGCCGUGGAUGGAACUCAAGUGAUGACAAUGAAGGCUCUCCACCACCAAGCCUGAAUGAUGCUGCCAGAAAAUGGAAGAAGAAGGAGAAACAGAAAAACAGGAUCGUGUACGAUUCCAAGAUGACACCAGAGGAAAUGAUGGACUCCUCCACCUUUAAGAGAUUCACCGCCAACGUGGACAACAUUCUUGAGAGCCUUGAGGACGUGGACCUCACUGCCGCAGAUGAUGAUGAUGAGAUACCUAAAGAGCUCUUGCUUGGAAAGCACCAGUUGAGCGAGCUAGGCAGCGAUUCUGCUAAGCUCAAAGCUAUGCGCAUCUUUAACAAGUUUCCAUCUGAUAAACUGGUGAAAAUGUUGAAUAUCCUGGAGAAGAACAUUCAGGACAGUGUCAAACUUUCCACACUAAUGAAUCAUGAUAAUGAUUCCAUGGAUGAGGAGCGGUUGUGGCGUGACCUUAUCAUGGAGCGGGUUGCUAAGUCUGCUGAUGCCUGUCUGACUGCGCUCAACAUCAUGACGUCUCCACGCAUGCCCAAGGCUGUUUAUAUAGAGGAUGUCAUUGAGAGGGUAUUGCAGUACACCAAGUACCAUCUGCAAAACUCUUUGUAUCCUCAGUAUGACCGGUCAUACAGAGCUGAUGGAGGUGGCACGCAUUCUUCAAAGUCCAAGAGAGCAAAGGGCGCCCCCCAUAAACAGAAGGUGGUUGUCACGCUCUACAACAAAGUGUGUGAUAUAGUCAGCAACCUCUCUGAGCUCCUGGAGAUCCAGCUGCUAACUGACAUCACUAUUCUCCAGGUGUCCACCUUGGGUAUUACACCUUUUUUCGUGGAGAAUGUCAGUGAGCUGCAGUUAUGUGCCAUCUCACUAGUGACAGCAGUUUUCUCUCGUUACGAGAAGCACAGACAGCUCAUUCUUGAAGAGAUCUUCACCUCCCUGGCCAGACUGCCUACUAAUAAACGCAGCCUCAGGAACUUUUGGCUAAACAGUAGUGAUUCGGAUGAAGAGCCCGUGUAUAUCCAGAUGGUGACGGCACUGGUGCUUCAGCUCAUCCAGUGUGUUGUACACCUUCCCUCAGAUAGGGACCCAGAAGAUGAACAUAACAAGAAGGUGGAUAAAGAUACCUUCAUCACAAACUCUUAUGGAACUGCCAUGAGGACAGCACAGAACUUCCUGUCAGUGUUUCUCAAGAAGUGUGGUAGUAAACAGGGAGAGGAAGACUACAGACCUCUGUUUGAGAACUUUGUUCAUGACCUGCUGUCUACAGUCAACAGGCCCGAGUGGCCUGCAGCUGAACUGCUGCUCAGUUUACUAGGCCGGCUGUUGGUGCACCAGUUCAGUAACAAGCAGACAGAAAUGGCACUCAGGGUGGCAUCACUGGACUACCUCGGCACCGUCGCUUCUCGUCUGCGUAAAGACGCUGUCUCUAGCAACAUGGACCAAAAGGCUGUCGACCGCAUCCUCAGAAAGACUCAGCGAAGUGAUGAUGAGAUCCAGCAACUCCAGAGGGCCUUGCUGGACUACCUCGAUGAGAACGCUGAGACAGAUCCAUCUCUAGUGUUUGCCAGGAAGUUUUACAUUGCCCAGUGGUUCAGGGACGCCAUAAGUGAGGCAGAGAAAGCAAUGAAGUCUCAAGAUGAUGAGGACUUGAAAGGUCGACAUCAUUCCAUGGACGUUGACUCAGCUGAGGAGAUUGUGCAGAGGGCCGAUAGCCGAAAGAAAUUUCUCCGCAAGGUCAUCAAGACGUCACAGUCCAGUUCUCUGGGGAUAAACUCUGACACAGUAGACUAUGAGGACUCGUGUCUGAUUGUCAGAUAUCUGGCCUCCAUGAGGCCGUUUGCACAGAGCUUUGAUAUUUAUUUAUCACAGAUUCUGAGAGUGCUGGGUGAAAGUGCCAUCGCAGUCAGAACUAAAGCCAUGAAGUGUCUGUCUGAAGUAGUUGCUGUGGAUCCGAGUAUCCUUGCUCGGCUGGAUAUGCAGCGAGGGGUUCACUGUCGCCUCAUGGACAACUCUACCAGCGUGCGGGAAGCAGCUGUGGAGCUCCUUGGCCGUUUUGUGCUUAGUCGACCGGAGCUCAUUGAGCAGUACUACGACAUGCUCAUUGAAAGGAUACUGGAUACAGGAAUUAGUGUGAGAAAGAGGGUCAUCAAGAUCUUGAGGGAUAUUUGCCUGGAGCAGCCGGAUUUCCACAAGAUCACUGAAAUGUGUGUCAAGAUGAUCCGGAGGGUCAACGAUGAAGAGGGGAUCAAGAAACUUGUGAAUGAGACAUUCCAGAAAAUCUGGUUCACUCCCACACCCAGUCACGACAAAGACGCCAUGACCAGGAAGAUCCUGAACAUCACAGAUGUGGUGUCGGCAUGCAAAGAUUCAGGCUACGACUGGUUUGAGCAGCUUCUCCAAAAUCUGCUGAAGUCAGAAGAGCAAGCUUCAUACAAACCUGCCAAGAAGGCCUGCGUUCAGUUGGUGGACAAUCUAGUGGAACACAUACUGAAAUAUGAGGAGUCUCUCGCAGACUGUGAGGACAAAGGGGUCAACUCAGGUCGUCUGGUAGCAUGCAUCACCACUCUCUACCUGUUCAGCAAGAUCCGAGCACAGUUAAUGGUCAAACAUGCCAUGACUAUGCAGCCCUACUUGACCACCAAGUGCAAUACUCAGAAUGACUUCAUGGUGAUCUGUAACGUGGCAAAGAUCCUGGAGCUGGUUGUGCCUCUGAUGGAGCAGCCAAGUGAGACUUUCCUCACCACCAUAGAAGAAGACCUGAUGAAGCUCAUCAUCAAAUAUGGCAUGACGGUUGUACAGCACUGCGUGAGCUGUCUCGGUGCUGUUGUCAACAAGGUCACACACAACUACAAGUUUGUUUGGGCUUGUUUCAAUCGCUACUAUGGAGCUCUGGCAAAACUGAAGACCCAGCACCAAGAGGACCCCAACAGCUCCACUCUAGCUGCUAACAAACCCACUCUGCUGCGCUCACUGUUCACUGUGGGGGCUCUCUGUCGACACUUUGAUUUUGACCAGGAGGAGUUCAAGGGUACCAACAAGAUUGUCAUCAAGGACAAAGUGUUGGACCUUCUGCUGUACUUCACCACUCACGAAGAAGAGGAGGUCCAGAUCAAGGCCAUCAUUGGUUUAGGCUUCCAGUUCAUCAUGCACCCAGAGCUCAUGUUCAUGCAGGACGUGAAGGUUCUGUAUAACAAUACCCUGUCAGAUGAAAACAGUUCAGUCAGCCUGAAGAUCCAGGUGCUAAAAAACCUGCAGACAUAUCUGCAAGAGGAGGACUCUCGAAUGCAGGAGGCCGAUCGCGAAUGGAAGAACCAAUCCAAGCAGGAGGAUCUGAAAGAAAUGGGAGACAUCUCCUCAGGCAUGAGCAGCUCUAUAAUGCAGAUUUACUUGAAGCAGGUGCUGGAGUCCUUCUUCCACUCACAGUCCACUGUUCGACACUUUGCCCUGAACGUCAUUUCACUGACUCUCAACCAGGGCCUCAUCCAUCCUGUACAGUGUGUGCCCUUCUUGAUCGCCAUGGGAACAGACCCUGAGCCAACCAUGAAGAACAAGGCCGAUCAACAGCUGGUGGAGAUCGACAAGAAAUACUCAGGCUUCAUCCAUAUGAAGGCCGUAGCAGGGUUAAAGAUGUCUCACCAGGUGCAGCAGGCUAUAAACGGAUCCAAAAGCGCAGUGAUCCGAGGUUUCCGUCACGACGACUCGGACUCUGCUCUCUGCUCUCAUCUCUACACUCUGGUCCGAGGGAACCGACAACAUAGACGUGCUUUCCUCAUUUCGCUGCUCAACCUAUUUGAUGACAGCUGCAAAACAGAGGUGAACAUGCUGUUGUUCAUAGCAGACAACUUGGCCUGCUUCCCCUACCAGACUCAGGAGGAGCCUCUUUUCAUCAUGCAUCAUGUAGAUAUUGCUCUGUCUGUCUCUGGAAGCAACCUGCUCCAGUCUUUCAAGGAGUCUUUACAGAAACAGACCGUACAGCAGGAAAAGAAGACCAAGACCGAAAAGGAGACGAAAACGGAAAAGAAGUCAAAGACAAAAAAGAAAAAGAAGAAGAAGAAGAAGAAGAAGAAGAAGCCACAGAGGAGAAAAUACAGCUCAGAUGAUGACGAGGACGGUGACGAUGAGGAUGAAGACGAGGAAUCUGAGCAGAGCAGUAGUACUUCCAGCAGCAGCGAUGAGGAAGAGGAGGUGGUCCACAGGCAAAAGAAAGCCGCUGCUUCUGAAUCCGACUCCGAAGAUGAGGAUGCACUGAUGGACCGCCUACCCGAAAACCCUAACCCUCUGCUGGACUUCGCCAGUGCUUCACAGGCUAUCCUGCUGCUGCUGAUGCUGAAGCAACAUCUGAAGAAUCUCUAUGGCUUCUCAGACAGCAAAAUCCAGAAAUAUUCCCCAACGGAGUCUGCCAAAGUAUAUGACAAGGCAGUGAACAGGAAAUCUAAGGUGCACUUCAACCCGCGUCAGACACUGGAUUACCUGAAGAACAACCUCGCCAACAUGGAGCUAAGCCAUGAGACAAAGAGGCAUAUUGUGAAACAGUAUUUGGACUUCAAGGUACUGAUGGAGCACUUGGAUCGUGACGAAGAGGACGAGGAGGGCGAAGCGAGUGCCAACGCCAGAAACAAAGCCAUUACUUCACUGUUGAAAGGCCCGAAACCUUUGAACCACAACCACAAUAAUCACGCUGCUCCAGUGGAGACAGAUGAGGAGGAGAGUGAGGAGGAAGAUCCCCCUGCGCCACAGCGGAAACCAAGGAAAGGCAGGGAGCCCCCGGAGGAUACAGGUCACAUGAACGAGAGAGUGAAGGCCAUGGACGUCAUCGCCAUCUGCUGUCCCAAAUACAAGGACAGACCACAGAUUGCCAGGGUCAUCCAGAGGAUCAAAACUGGCUACAGUAUACACUGGAUGACUGGAUCUUACUCUGGGCCCUGGGCCGAGGUAAAGAAACGGGACGGUCGCAAAAAGGUGCCUUGGGUUGACACUAUCAAGGAGUCAGACAUUAUUUACAAGAAAAUAUCUUUGACAAGUGGAAACAAGCUGACGAACAAAGUGGCACAGACGUUACGGGCGCUAUACGCCGCCAAGGACGGGGACUAAGAGUUAACCGACAUUACUCAGACAGAAACCCCUCACAGCCCAAAUCUAUGUGGAACCAAUAUGUUACAGAGAGAAAACAAAACCUCUUUAGAUUAAAGGACCAGGUGGAGGAAAAGUAUUGUGAACACUGAUCUGUUUGACCACAGACAUGUUUAAGUUAAACACAAGAAAAACAUAAAGAAGGAAAUGUUUGGGAAAACAUUGUGUGGGAGUUCCUUCGCUGUUGUGCAGCAACUUCGUUGUUUGAUUUUUACUCCCACUGUAUCAUAGUUUAACUAAACACAUGUUUAUAUCUGAACAUAAUUCUGUAAAAAAAUAAACUGAAUGUUGGAAAUUAGUGUAUUGAUGAUGUUCUUAAUAAAGUGUUUUUGGAGUUUAAACUAGCACCAGAUGGAUUUAUUCACUUGACCUGAGCUCCAACAAGUUUUAACUUUACUUUUUUUUUCUUGUUUUGUUUAUCAUUUUGUUGUUUACCCACACUGUGUAAUGGAGUAUCUUUGAUAUGAUUUAUUUAUGUUAAGAGCAGUGCAGUAUCUGUGCCUAUAUGCAGGGGAAGUUAUAUUGUUUUUAAUAUAGAUUUUGAUGUUAUAGAACACAGAGCAAGAAAAAAGUGAUCCCCCGCUCUUCUGGUGGAACAAAUACUGCAAUAAAAUUUUCUUACGUCUUCUUUACUUGUUUGCGCUUUUUUU